GGACUUUUAAACGGGAAUGGUUUAGUAGAACUAAUUGUUUAGAACUAAUUACUUUAAACUGUUUAUUGUGAAAAACUCGCACCGGAAAUCCCGACCUUGUUCUGGCUAGCGAAACGCAAGGCUGGUGGUGAUGGCAGGCAGCUAUCUGUCAACAACCAUGGCAUAGCUUAGACGGAACUCUGCUUGGCCUCUAUCACCCGCUUCUGUCAGAUCCUUUCUGUGUCGCCCAACACGGUGCAGUGUUAUGGAUGAGCCAUGAAGGCCCAACUACAAGUCACAGUGCUUUCAGCCAAGCUGAAGGAGAACAAAAAGAACUGGUUCGGCCCCAGCCCUUACGUUGAGGUGGCCGUGGACGGCCAGUCGAAGAGGACCGAGAAGUGCAACAACACACACAGCCCCAAGUGGAAACAGGCUGUCACUGUAAUUGUUACUCCGGUUAGCAAGCUGAUAUUUCGUGUCUGGGGCCAUCAGACACUGAAGGCAGACAUCCUCUUGGGAAUGGCCAUACUGGACAUCAGUGAGACCCUGAAGGGUAACGACCUGAAACUCUGUGAGGUCGUGCAGACGCUGCAGCUGUGCUCUGACAGAGACCCUCGGGAUGUUGUAGGAGACCUGUCGGUCUGUCUGGACGGUAUGCAAGUGGACCCAGAAACCUUUGCCUCGGCAGAGAGCGAACGAGCUACUGUUCCAAACGGAACUGCAAGACAAAAUGGAGAGAUUGGCAAAAGGUCAAGCAGAGACACGUCCCCCUCCAGUGACUCAGAGGAGUGGGUUAUUGUACCAAACGGUCAUGCUGCAAAUGGAGCGGGUUCUCCUUCCCAAUCGCCAGGCGGCUCGAGCGCCUCGCGUCCUCCCAGACCGGCCCGACCCCCCCCCCCCACGCCGCAGAGACCGACCGCUUCACCCACCUCUACAAGCAGCUCCUCUCCAAGUGAGCUGAGUGAAGGUCCAGCUUCCGAUGGUUCCUCUCAGGCGUCGGCCAGUGGAUGUUCAAAUCAGCAGGAUGACACAGCAACAGCAGCAGCUGCAACAACAACAACAACAACAACAGCAGCAACUGCAACAUCUGCAACAGUAGCAGCAGCAGCAACAUCAUCAAUGACAGCAACAACAGCAACUGCAGCUUCUUCCCAGACAGCAAGUGGCCCCAAACCAGGGAGCUCCGCCUCAGCAGCUCUGGCCACAACAACUCCCAGAAUCCCCCCCAUGAGCACGGGCCCUUUGCCUCCGGGGUGGGAACAAAGGGCGGACCAGAACGGACGGGUGUACUUUGUGGAUCACAUUGAGAAAAGGACGACCUGGGAAAGGCCCGACCCUCUGCCAUCAGGGUGGGAGCGCAGGGUGGACCCGAUGGGAAGGGUCUACUACGUGGACCACAUAACCCGAACCACUACGUGGCAACGACCCACUCAGGAGUCAGUGCGUAACUACGAGGAGUGGCAGCACCAGCGCAGCCAGCUGCAGGGAGCCAUGCAGCAGUUCAACCAGAGGUUCAUCUACGGGCUGCAGGACCAGUUGGCCGCCACAGCCAACAAAGAGUUUGACCCGCUGGGACCACUGCCACACGGUUGGGAGAAGAGAACCGACACCAACGGCAGAGUGUAUUUCGUCCAUCACCCGACUCGGGCGACCCAGUGGGAGGACCCCAGGACACAAGGGCUGCUGAAUGACAAGCCCCUGCCGGAGGGUUGGGAGAUGAGGUUCACAGUAGAUGGCAUUCCCUACUUUGUGGACCACAAUCGGCGGACCACGACCUACAUUGACCCCCGCACAGGGAAAUCCUCCCUUGAGAAUGGACCACAGAUCACCUACGUCAGGGACUUCAAAGCCAAAGUGCAGUACUUCAGGUUCUGGUGUCAGCAACUGUCGAUGCCGCAGCACAUUAAGAUUAACGUCUCCAGGAAAACCUUGUUUGAGGAUUCAUUCCAACAGAUCAUGAGUUUCCACCCUCAAGAUUUGAGGCGGAGACUGUGGAUCAUAUUUCCUGGAGAGGAAGGUUUGGACUACGGAGGUGUGGCAAGAGAAUGGUUCUUCUUGCUCUCUCAUGAGGUGCUGAACCCCAUGUACUGUUUGUUUGAGUAUGCUGGCAAGGACAACUACUGUCUGCAGAUCAACCCAGCGUCCUACAUCAACCCCGAUCACCUCAAGUACUUCAAGUUCAUCGGACGCUUCAUCGCCAUGGCCUUGUUCCAUGGGAAAUUUAUCGACACAGGUUUCUCGCUGCCCUUCUACAAGCGAAUCCUGAACAAACCUCUGGCUCUGAAGGACCUGGAGUCCAUCGAUCCGGAGUUUUACAACUCGCUCAUCUGGAUCAAGGAUAAUAACAUAGAAGAGUGCGGUCUGGAGAUGUUCUUUUCCGUUGACAAAGAGAUCCUUGGCGAGGUCACCACCCACGAGCUGAAACCAGAUGGAGGGAACGUCCAAGUAACUGAGGAGAAUAAGGAGGAAUACAUCAGGUUGGUGGCUGAGUGGAGGCUUUCCAGAGGUGUGGAGGAACAGACUCAAGCAUUCUUUGAGGGCUUCAAUGAAGUCUUGCCCCAGCAAUACCUUCAAUACUUUGACGCUAAGGAAUUGGAGGUGAUGCUUUGUGGGAUGCAAGAGAUCGACCUGGUGGACUGGCAGAGGAACACCAUCUACAGGCAUUAUGCCCGAAGCAGCAAGCAGAUCCUCUGGUUCUGGCAGUUUGUGAAGGAGAUGGACAACGAGAAGAGGAUGAGACUCCUGCAGUUCGUCACAGGAACCUGUCGCCUUCCUGUUGGAGGCUACGCCGACCUGAUGGGAAGCAACGGCCCUCAAAAGUUCUGCAUUGAGAAAGUGGGAAAGGAGAACUGGCUUCCACGAAGCCACACAUGCUUUAAUCGUCUGGACCUCCCUCCCUAUAAGAGCUACGAGCAGCUGAAGGAGAAGCUCAUGUUUGCCAUCGAGGAGACCGAAGGCUUCGGCCAGGAGUGAUGCUCCAGAGAUGAGAAGGAGCAGAUCCAGAGCCAUUCAGAGAAUAGAGAAAUCAAUCAUCUUCUUGCCGCUGGGAGCUGCUUGUGAACUCGUAGAUGAGCCCGUAAAUCUUUAUUUUCGAUAUAAAUCAUAAUCAUAAGCUGUAAGAACACUUUCCUGUGAAUCCUCCCCCACAUGAGGAGUUCCACCCUGAUGGGAUGAUGGAGGAGAGGAGACGCCUUCCUCACCUGUCGUGUUGCGCCCAUCUGUCCACCUGUGCAGUGGCAACUGGUUCAGAGGCGCCUGGCUGGGUUUAUGCACCAGAACUUACUUUUAUUUUUCUUUAGAAUGGACGGAUAUUCUUUUUGUUUUUUAACCCCUGACUGACUCCCGUAGCUUAUACACCGUUUACUUGUUAACUUUGAUGAAUACGAUCUUGUUAAUUAUAAUUAUUUCUCUUAUUUUGAUUUCUGAACUUUACAAUGAGUUGAAACUUGGAUCCAUUUUGCACACAUUCUGUGAGCAGGAAGUCAGAUGUGAUUGUUCUCAAGAGAGGUUGUAUUUUUAUGUGCAAUAGUUUUGUAGAAAGCAAUUUUGCGAAUGAUGGAGCCAAACAGUAAUUUGUUUGAUCAUUUUUUAACACUUUGAUAAGUUUCAGCAUUUAUUAAUCAUUUAAAUUCUCAAUCUGACCAUUUGCAUGCUUGCAGGGGUAUUUGGUGAAACUGGUGAUUUGAUUUGAGACCUUUUCCUUCCCAAAGUGAUCCGUGCUGUACAUAUCUCAGCUUCCUUCAGUCAGGAGACUGACGAGUGGAAUUCUUGUAUUGAUCGUUCCUAGCUGUUACUAAUGAAGUGGGAGUUUUAGGGUGCAUUGUGUAAAAGAAGCCGAUUAGUUGACUAAUGACCUUUUCCCACUGAGAGGUAGACGUCCAGAACGAAGUAUUAUCCUGGAUCCGUGAUGAAGAUGCUGUGUACCGUGUUAAGUGAGUAAUGCAGUUCAUGUAAAUACAGAGUAGACCGUGUUCACACAGCAGUGAACCUCUGGAGUUGAUGAUGAGGAUUUGAAUCCUUGUAAUAUAAGUGGCCCUAGUUUUAUAGGGAUGUGUACAAAAGUAUAUUAAGAGUAUUCGUCUUUUCCAAAAAAUGGCUCCAUUAACGUCACACUUUGUUUCUUUUUUCUAGCAUCAAGUAGAAUAAGAACUAAAAGAAAAUUACUACGGACUGAUCUACCAAAGGAUUGUUUAAUUAUUUUUUGUAGACUAUUUGACUUAAAGGUGGAAGUCAAUGAGUGAUCAGUUGCCACUAUUGGGUUCAAGUUGUCUUUUAUUAUAUCAGUGACACAGUCGCUUAGCUACUUUAAUCCUUAAUGCAAAAUUGGAAGAUUUAGAUCCGUAGAGUGAUAUUUUUUAAUGACUUUUAUCUUAGCAUCAAGCUGUGUGUGUGUGUGUUACACAUGUAAGGACGGUGUGUCAUGAAUGAGUCUCAUCUGCUCGUGAUGCAGACACUCGUCCCUUUGUCACCGGACAGGUGAACGGCUCGCUUUGUAUACAUCGAUUCUCCUGCUGACCGUAAUGAACACGCAUCCAGCUCUGCGUGUACCUACUGCUUUGCAGACUUGUGAAGAGAUUAUUGUAAAAAGAAAACCAUUGAUUUACAAAAAGUCAAUAAGUUUAACUAAAAUGUUUACUAUUGAAUAUUUUAACAUAUUGCAACUAACAGUUUAGCACCUUGACACUCCAAACCGGUUGAAUUAACCACUUCACUGUUUAAUCACUGCUGUGUUCCACAUCAUGGAGCAGUCAAAUGUAUAGAAAUAUGCAAACUUGUGUUUAGUUGUAUUGAUUGCAUUGUAAAUUAUGUUGAUAGUGUGAUCACUGUUGUUUUCUUUUGUUUUUUUUGAAGCUCUGACUUUUUUGAUAAGUGGAAGUCAAUGGUUAAACUAUUUAUUUGCAGGAUGGGUUUCAUGUAAGGACUGGAAUGAUUGUGAACAGAAACUAAUUAAAUGAUCUAAACACUGGG